GUGGCUUUUUCCAUUGAGAUCCAAUACGAUAUCUUUUACAAGGCUUUUGUUGAAAUGACUAUCGACGUGGUCUGUGGGUCAGUGACAAUAUAACAACACAUUUUCCAGUUCAUUAUUGAUUAUGAGUGUUGGUCGUCAUAUAAGGUGAUGUUCAGAUAUCAUCAUUCAUCUAUAUAAGUGUGCAGUUGAAUCACUCAUUAGGAUGUACUGUGAAUGAAACCGUGUUGGACAGCAGGAGACCCAGGAAGAAAAGAAGAUUAUGUCUUGUGUAAUGAGGCUUGUGUACCAGUGACUCGAGGUCAGUGGUUUUGGUCAGUGUUACAGCAAACACAGGUCAGUAGGGGGAUGGGUUUUAGAAAUUGUAUACAGAAAAGAAUACAAGAGAGCUUACUGUACUUAAGGUCACACCCUUUCCUUUUGAGUUAGAUGUUGUGACAUAGGGCAGCAAGAGAAUGAUCAGGUUUCAACACGAAGUGUACACAGAAGUAGUUUUCGCAAUACAAUUGCAUUUUCACACAUGAUGGUAUGUGUUAUUUUGUGCAUGUGAUCAAGCUGCUUGUACAGGACAUGGAACAGAUACCGAUCAGGCCUGCUAAUAGGAAUCAAAAACGAGGAAGGCAGCUUUUAAGAAGAACACACACUCAUCAGUUUCAUCCAUGUGCCUUGGAGGAAGAGGAAGGGCUGCUUGGGACACUAAGUAGGGUUAAAGUGGUUUUGGACGCUGAUGUGUCACCAAGACUUGGAGUUUUCGGCCCUAGACAUGGAUAGAUCAUGUGCAUUUACAAUGGUGGAUGCACACUCAGGUGCAGGCGCAAAAUUUUUGCGUACAUAAACCUCUGAAAACUGUUACAUUACCAUAUGGAUAUCCAAACCUACAAUAUUCAAGUGAUUGUGACCUGGGAAACCCAUAUUUUCUCCUCUUUUAUUUUUUUUUCGUGUCCAGUUGAAGUUUCCUUCAUUACCAAAGUCUGAGCAUAGAUCACCUUGGGCUGGAGAAUGAGCUCUCAUUCAGGCCAAGAGACAUCAAGAGCUGUGUUUGUUUUUAUUUUGUAUUUCUAGUUGCUGUCUUUUUUUAAACGGAUUGUUCCAAGGGGAAUCUCGACUCCUAUUUUCUUUUUAUUUUCUUUGAUUUUUGAUUCAUACUUGUCUCAUAUUUCUGUUAUCUUUUAUUUUUAGUAGUCUGACGUCAUGCUCACAUGCACUCAUCUGCUGCGAUGCUUUGCUUUGAGAGAUAUGAAAUCAGUCUAUGUGCGAAUGCCUGAACUCAAACUGCUGCUUCCCUUGAGCUCUUAUUUGUGUAACAUUGGGCUUAUCAGAGAUUUGCACUAAAAGAGCUUUGCUGUCACUAGAGUUUCUUUAUAUCAACCAAAUUUUGUUGCAUUCAAGCCAUAUGAACUUAUUUUUUAUGAAACUAGAGCUAGUUUUAUAUUACAGUGCAGUCAUAGUAUCACAUAUUACGUAUAUAUAAAUGUAAUCUAUUUUUAUGUGUUGGCACAGACAUCUGUGGAGAAGCACGUGCACUAUUUUAGGGUCACGUUUUAUUUAGAAAAGGAAUGCACCUUGGUUUGUAAGAACAUAAUCCUCUGUAUACACUUUUUUUUUUUUUUUUUGUUCGUUUGUUUUUUGCAACACCUGCUCCACAGAAGUUAGUGUUACCAUGGCUACAUGCGGUUCUCACUCUCUGACCGCUCCUCCCUUCCCUCUGUUUUUGUGACGCCUCCAAAUGCCUGUGGGUCUCAGUGUGGGCGGGGCUCUCGGAGACCCCUCCCCAUCCCUGCCGUUCCGCCCCAGUCGCUAUGUGCCUGUAUCGGCAGCAACAGCCUUCCUUGUUGGGGCCACAACUCUGUUUCUCUGUUUCACGUGUCCUUGGCUAUCAGAGCGUUUCUCCUCUUCCAUUCCACUCUAUAAUGCUGUUGUCUUCCUCUUUACAUUGGCCAAUUUCUAUAUGGCCACAUUCAUGGACCCAGGCAUCUUUCCCAGAGCUGAGGAGGACGAGGAUAAAGAGGAUGAUUUCCGGGCUCCGCUUUAUAAGACGGUGGAAGUGCGGAGCAUUCAGGUGCGGAUGAAGUGGUGUUCCACGUGUCGCUUUUACAGACCACCUCGCUGCUCACACUGCUCUGUGUGUGACAACUGUGUGGAGGAGUUUGACCAUCACUGCCCAUGGGUAAACAACUGCAUUGGGAGGCGGAACUAUCGUCAUUUCUUUCUGUUCCUGCUCUCUCUCACUAUUCAUAUAAUGAAUGUGUUUGGCUUCAGUCUGCUCUAUAUCCUCCAUCACACGAAGCAAUUGGACCAAGUCAACUCUGGAGUCACUAUGGCAGUGAUGUGUGUAUCUGGUUUGUUUUUCGUCCCGGUUGCGGGACUCACUGGGUUUCACAUUGUUCUUGUAGCCAGAGGGAGAACCACCAAUGAACAGGUGACUGGGAAGUUCAGAGGCGGCGUUAACCCUUUCACGCACGGAUGUUUGAAAAACAUUGCACAUGUGCUUUGUAGUUCACAGGCUCCAAGGUAUCUCGGUCGGUUGCGAAAGCCUCAUUCUGUCCAGGUCCAGCCGCCGUUUCUGCGUGCACCACUAUCUGAAGCCCAGCUAGCAGCUAAAGUCCUGGAUAAUGGAAUCCAGCAGUCUAAAAGUAGUCUGGAGAUAAUGGAGAGCCAGUCCACCGAUGCUGAUCCCCCUCCACCACCUAAACCAGAGCACAGAUACCCAGGGCUGCCUCACACGCAAAAUGAAGAGUGCAGCUUGCUGACUGAGGCUCAGCCCACCCCUUCAUUAUAUAAAUACAGGCCGGCUUACAGCAGCCCAGGAAAAAAACCCACAGCCUCAACACAUUCCAGCAAGAUGAGCCGAGGGAACAGUAUGACCGAGUCUCCCUCAGGUCCAAUCACCACCGGCCAGCCCAGCUGCCGCUCAGACCCCAGUUUGUCAAGCCAGGGGGGUGCAGGGUGCCGGAGGGGAGGGGAGGGGGCUAGAGUAGGCUCAGGGGGGCUGGGUGGGGCCUCUGCGUUUGGUGGGCGUUCUUAUCCUUCUUUUACUGAUACCCUCCUCCAAUCAGCAGCAGCCUCUUGCUCCUCCAGCCUUCGCUCUGCCCACAUGGCUCACAACGCCCUUGGGCCACUUAUUUCUGAGGGCACGACCACCACUAGUUAUAAGAGUUUAGCUAAUCAGACGCGCAAUGGCAGCCUGUCUUACGAAAGUCUGCCAACGCCCUCCGAAAGCCCAGAGUUUGAGUCUGCUGCUCAUGAGCUGUCCCCACCCAGACCACAACCUCCGAACUCUCUAAGCACAGCACCAGGGGCCCCACCUAUUUUGGGGUACACUUCCCCUUUCCUGUCUGCUCAGCAGAGGGAGGGCUCUCUCCAGGCCUGCCCUGCCUCCUUAAGACCCUCCCCUAACAGAGCUUUCCUGCGCCCAACAAGCUCACCCCCUUCUCGGGCUCCACCCCUUUCUCCUCGUGCUCGCUCAUUGGGCUCCCCUCCUCCUGGUCCCGCCCCUGGCCAUACACCUCUGGGCAAAUCAAUGUCCUACACGGGUGGUGCUGAAGUACAACACCGCCCAUCUAGCUCAGGGGGCGGGACUCCAAUGCCGAACUCGACUCUUAGACAAAACAUGGCCAAUCAUAACGCCCACUCACACAAACCUGCUGGAGGGGUGAAACCUGCUGGAGAGGUGAAGAAAGUGACUGGUGUUGGAGGAACAACCUAUGGGAUUUCAGUAUGAAUGACUCACCUAAGAAUGAGGAUUCACACAGCAGUUUUACACUUUUGAGCAUGAAUCAGAUGGAUGUAGAGCUGCUCAACCACUCAUGCAAAACAAUCGUACAAGACGUAAAGAACUGUUUCCAAGUCAAACUUCAUCAGUCACUGUGGAGGACAUAAUUGGUGAAAAUGGACCAGUGAAGAUGAAUCUUACAGCAUUUUGUUUUAUGAAUGUCAAUAUGGUAAACAAAUCACAACUUUUUUUAGUUAUUUAAAGAAUCAUUUGGUACCUUAAUGUAUUACCAAUUUGUACACAGGACUGUCAAUGAUCUCUGAAUAUUCAGCCUUAAUAGGCGAGACCAUGUGAGACACACAGUCAUGGUGUGUAAUUAUAAUGUCUAAUGUAUCUUUGACUUCAACAGAAACCACAGGCCUCACAACAGUCAGCCAAUAAGCAUUUGUAAUAUUUACUACAUUAAUCAUUUUCAGUCUUCAUAUUCCACAGCCUCUACGUUAUGCAGAAUGUUUACAUUGUUUACAUUUCCAUACAAAGUGAAUGGGGAUGGAUUCUGUCAAUACCCAAAAAUGACCUAAAAGCACCUUGUGUGCAGUAUUCCAAGUCUUCUGAAGCAUUGCCACAACUUGUUAGAGGAACAGAACGCAAUGUACUGUAGGUUGACUGAAAAUUGUCCCCUCCACCCCAGCUCUCAUUCAAAUCUCAUUUGCACUUUCACAUUCAAAACUGUAACAUCACGUUUGGUCGUGACACUGAAGAACCAAUACCAUUCGGUAUCACUGAUGUCAAACCUGGGCUGGCAUAACACAUAUUCAAGAAUAAAUGUACAUGAAAUGACA